AUGCAAGUUAUGGGCGUCGGUGAGGCUGGGUCAGCUACGGUCCUGCCGAUUGGCUACCCGCCCCCUGUCAAUUCUGCCAGUACUUCGUACUUUUCAGCCCGCCCUCAACAUUCUUCUACACGCCAGUACCUCGUAUUUGUCUCGGCAGAAACCAGACCAGCUCUGGCGUGCUGCACCUGCUGCACUGGCACGAUGCAUACCGUUGUUCAGCAUAACGAGUGGGUGGCCAUCAAGCUGCCUACUGAGAGCGUGCGCAUCGUCCAGGUUGUUCCUAAUAUUCUACCCGAGCAGCAGGAGCUCGACACAAUAUCCCUCGGAAAAUAUGGCUCAUUCCCAAGCAACCUGAUCAUCGACAGACCUUACCAUUUCACAUACGAAGUCCUCGACAAGCGCGACGGCGAAACAUUCAACCGCCUGCGCGUCGUCCCCGCCUCCGAGAUCCACGCCGACGUCCUCGCCGAAGAAGACGGCGCCCACUCCUCCUCUUCCUCCAUCAUUCCCCAAGAUGAUGACCCCGACAUCGAAGCGGUCGGAGGAGAAACGGAGGACAGCGGCUCCGCAGCCGACAACAUCAUCGCCGUGCGCGACGGCGCCGACUACACCCUGGUGGACCGGACGAGCGGGGACGUGCUGGCCCGGUCGGGCCGCGACGCCAUCGACGCGCAGGCGCGGCAGCUGCUGACGCACGAGGAGAUCGAGGCGCUGAAGAAGCAGCAGGACACGGACGCGGGGAAAGCCAUCAUCACGCGCCUCAUGCUCUCGCACACGGGGCUGGCCGACAAGACGUCCUUCAGCCUCGCCAAGUACAAGAUCCUCAAGACGAGGAAGUACCUGCGCCGCUUCUCCGUGGCGCCCUUGUACCCGUCCACCCUCGGCCAGUGGAUCCUGGAGGAGAAGGAGGCGUCGAAAGUGCUGGAGAUGAGGCAGGAGAUGUUGGCGCUGUUGGGGUGUUGGGCGAAUGUGCAUUUCGCGGGGAGGAGGGAGGAGGAGCAGACGAGGCUGGUGCCGCGCGAUGGGAGGCCUGCUGUGGGGGAUGUGGCGGCCCUGGGGGGGAGGUGGUUGGUGGUGGAUGAUACGGGCGGUCUGGUGGUGGCUGCCAUGGCGGAGAGGAUGGGGAUACUCCAUCAUACGCCUGCCGAGCAGGGUUCCGAAGCUGGUCAUGGGACGGUCCCGACGACGACGACGACGACGACGACGACCACUGCGCCGCAACGUCCGUCACGAACCUACCGAGACGACUUCGAAAUCGACCUCGCCUCCUCCAACUCCAUCACCCUCAUCCACCCCGCCAGCCAACCCAACCUCGCCCUCCUCCGGUACUGGAACUUCGACAUAGCAUCUCCCCACGCCGGGGCGCAGGCCCAGAGCCACCCGCUCUUCCGCCACCUCCACCCCGUCUCGUGGCUGCAGCUCCUCGACCCGGCCUCCGACACCACCUACACGACCCUGCCCGCCGACGUGCCGGAGGAGACGGUGCUCUCGUGGAAGUCCAACCGCAGGGGGAACCACCACCGCAAGCGGCGCCGCUGGGCCCGCACGCGCUUCGUCGUCGACCAGGCCCGCGCCGGCGGCUUCGCGGGGCUCGUGGUCGCCACCACCAUGGAUCCCAUCUCGGUCGUGCGCCACGCGCUGCCGCUGCUCGCCGGCGGCAGCCCCGUGGCCGUCUACUCGGCCACCAUCGAGCCGCUGACGCAGCUGGCCGACUGCUUUAGCAUAGCGCGCCGGGCGGCCUGGUCGUCGAACCCGCCCGCCGAGACGGAGGGGAUGACGCCCGAGGAGGUCGAGAGGUGGCCUGGCUCGGAGGAUUUCCCGGUUAACCCGACGCUGUUGCUGGGGUGUAGUGUGCAGACGAGCCGGGCGAAGAGGUGGCAGGUUCUCCCUGGGCGGACGCAUCCCCUGAUGAUGGGUCGGGGGGGUGCCGACGGGUUCCUGUUUACUGCGUGGCGGGCUGUCCCGGCCGAGGGCAAAGUGGCUGCCCGGGGGAAGUUUAAGAGGAGAAAGACGGAGGUUUGAAGGGGAUGGCUGGGGUUGCUGUCCCUUUUCUUGUCCAUUUCUUUUUCUUUUUGAUUCUCAUGACAUAGGAUGCGGCGCAUAGGACUCUAUAAGGGCGGAUGAAGGGCGAAGGACGGAGGACGGAGGACGGAGGACGGAGGACGAACGAAAAGUGUAACGGGUAGAUGGACGUAAAGAUACCCCCCCCUUGUGGCGUCAAGACGGGAAAGCAGAAGACGAAAAAAGACAAUAGAAC